GGGCCUUUUAGUCCAGCUAGGGCUUCUGAGGUCCCUCCCAUCUCUGGAUCCAAAGAAGCCGAGUUUUCUCCGACCCGACCCGACCCUCUGCGCGCGGAGCAGAGCCGAGCGGCCGGGCCCACGGUCCCGCCGGUGGUCAAAGGGAGCUUUGCAAGCCGGAGCUUCAAGCUACCUUUCACUGAAGCCGGAAAUGAGCGACCGUCCCGUAGUCACAUGGCUUGUCUAGCUAAGAAAGGUUGUAGUGGAACUGGACCCCAGCGCCCGGCCGCGGGAGGGGCAGGACUCGGACGCGCAGGGACGGUGCCCUGGCGGCACCCAGGUACUGUUCAUUAGGGUCCACGCAGACCCUUGAGUUCAGUCUGGACUUAGAGUUCCGCGGUACCAAUGGGCCUCCGGGGCUGGGGUCUCUUUAAGAGCGGAAAGCCCCCUCCCCAUUUCCCCGGAGGAGGGGCGGAGAGGAGGCGGAGUCCCCAGAGAGGCUUUCAGGGCGCGCGGAGGGCCGGCCGGGCAGGUAAGAGUUAAAGGGGCGCGCCCGCGGGUCUGUCCGGCCUCCCUCUCCCUCCCUCUGGUAAGGCGCGGGGCGGAGCGGCCACGGUUGCGGAGGGGGCUGGGCCGCGCCGCUGCCACCCGAGCCGAGCUGGGCGAACAAAGCGUCCGUCAGUCCGUGCGUCCUUGCGUCCGUCCCGGGGGCUGGAGCCGCGGCCAAGCGAGGCGUGCUCUGGAGCUCCGGCCGGGGCAUGGCCGCGCCCCUCCGGCCGGCCCCAGCCCCAGUCGUGGCCCGGGUCCCAGCCCCAGUCCCAGCCCGGAUCCCAGCUCCGGCCGCGGCCCCUGCGCGAUCGGGACUUCCCCUUCGGCGGCUCUAGCCGGAGCCGCCUGCCAGGUUCCGGGCCGCCAUGAAGCUGAACGAGCGGAGCCUGGCCUUCUACGCCACCUGUGACUCGCCGGCGGACAACACGGGCUUCCUGUACAAGAAGGGCGAGCGCCACACGGCCUACCACCGGCGCUGGUUUGUGCUCAAGGGGAACAUGCUCUUCUACUUUGAGGACCGAGACAGCCGCGAGCCGGUGGGCGUCAUCAUCCUGGAGGGCUGCACGGUGGAGCUGUGCGAGGCCGCCGAGGACUUUGCCUUCGCCAUCCGCUUCGCGGGCUCCCGCUCGCGCACAUACAUCCUGGCGGCCGACAGCCAGCCGGCCAUGGAGGCCUGGGUCAAGGCCCUGUCCCGCGCCAGCUUCGACUACAUGCGGCUGGUGGUGCGCGAGCUGGAGCAGCAGCUGGAGCGCAUGCGGGCGGGGGCCAGGCCGAAGGCCGAGCCCCUGGUGCCCCCCCGGCGGGAGCGCUCGCUGCCCUCGGGCGGCCUCAGGGAGAACGGCUGCGCCGUCUGGAGUCAGGAAGCGCCCAGUUUGCCCAACGGCUCCCUCCCCAGGACAAGCCAUGAGGGAGGCCCCCGGCCCCCCCCGCUCCCACCCCGCCGGAAGCCCUCCCUGGGCAGCAGCCCCGCCCCCCUGCUGGUCCCCGAGACUCCCUUCACCCCAGGGACCACCACUUUCUCUCGGCUCCACGACUGGUACGGCCAGGAGAUUCUGGCCCUGAGGAGGGAGUGGCUGCAGAGCCGGGGCCAGCUGUGACCCUGCUGCCAGAAAACUGGGGGGCUGGGAAACUCCGGGUCAUCGGCCCCUGUGGCCCACAAAGGCAGGGAAAGCUCUGAUGGAAAACUGGGGGGCUGGGCUGGGAAACUCCGGGUCAUCAGCCCCCAUGGCCCACAAGGGCAGGGACAGCGCUGCCAGAAAGCCCCUAGUCUGAGACCCCCCCGAGAAUCCGUCUGUGAGAGCCUUGGCUCGAGGUCGUCCGGAUGGAAACAUCGCUUCUUCCCCUCUGACUCACUGGGGUCCCUGACCGCUUGUCUGAGGCUGGGCAGGAGGCUGCGGGACCGGGCUGUGGGUGCCAUUGGACACUCCAUCUAGGAGCCAGCAAGACUAAUCUUGUGGGGUCGCCCAGCCCAGCUUCUGCCUGGUCACUCCAUCCAGGACUCUGCAGGACUGGCCCUGUAGGGCCACCUAGCCUAGCUUCUGCCCAGGAGGCUGCAGGACUGGCCUGUGGGGCUUCUCAGCCCAGCCCCUGCUUGGCCCUCCAUCUAAAAGGCUGCAGGACCAGUCCUGGGGGGGCCGCCCAGCCCAGCCCCUGCCCAGGAGGCUGCAGGACCAUCCCUGUGGGGGCCGCCCAGCCCAGCCCCUGCCCAGGAGGCUGCAGGACCAUCCCUGUGGGGGCCGCCCAGCCCAGCCCCUGCCCAGGAGGCUGCAGGACCAUCCCUGUGAGGGCUGCCCAGCCCAGCCUCUGCCUGGCCACUUGAUCCGGGUGAAUGAGGGUCAUGCUCUGUAUGUUGCUCCCUCCACAGCCAGGCUGGGAUUGGGCCCAGGGCCCCCCUGUCGCCUGUCCCGGCGGCCUCCAUUGUGAUUUCCCUUCCUCCUGGCCCUCUUUAAAACCCUUCUAGGUAGGGAAGCAGGGAGGGUGGCUGCGGGCCGGGGACCCCCACUCAAACGGUACAGCGUGUGUGUCUGUGUCUGCGUGUAUCCAGUGCGUUGUUUACAAAGCAUCCUCACCACUCCCCGAGGGGCCGGGUUUCCAGUUCCCAUCCUCUGGUGCAUCAGGAAUCAGGGACAUCAUGGGUGGGCGGGUGCUCCCCUCACCCCCUGCUUCUCACUCAGGUCAUCUGAGGGGUGUCUGUGUCCCCCCCCCCAAUGGGCCACUUCCCCCCUCUCCCAGCAUCACUAGGAAAACAGUUCUGUCACUGGACUCCUCCCUCAGCCCAUUUUAUUGAUGUGAAAGUUGAGGCUCAGGGAAGGAGUGAUCAGAACUAGAGGAGACCUUUGACCUUUGACGUCACCUAGUCCAAGCUCCCGUUUUACAGCUGGGGGGCUAAGACCCCAUCACGAGUCUGGCAGGGCCAUAGCUACCAUUACUGCAAGACCUUAACAAAUAUCCGUUAUCAUGUGAUCCUCAUGACAAUCUUCAAGCUGGGUGCUAUUGUCCCACCCAUUUUACAGAGGAGUAAACUAAGGCCCGUAGCGGUGGCAGGGCUUGCCGGGGUCGUACAGCCCCCUGACCUCUUACUCUGUUAUGCCCCUGGCCCAAAGUCAUAAGGAGUAGAGAUUCCUGGUCUGAUCUCCAAGCCUGUGGUCCCUGUGCCUCAGUUUCCUCCCUUGCUGUUUUCCCUCUGUUCGGUGCUGGUUUUUUCUCCGGCCGGUGAGAGGACAGCAGGUGGUUGGGAUGUGCCGGCAGCCUGGGUUAGGUUGUAACAGUAAGGGGGUCCUGAGGAGGGGGAGCCCCGCUCCCUGACUCCGGAGCACAAUUCUUUCAGCUCUUUAAAGAGAUUAACGUUUCUUCAGCUCCCCUGAAGAAGCCGUAUGGGGACUAAGGUAGAGAGGGCCAAAGCUGCCUCUAGAGUCUGAAAGACCUGAAUUCAAAUCCCGACACACCCACCUCAGUGCCUUCAGGUAAACCUGUAGCUCCUUGUCACUGACCUUCUGGGCUGGGGAGCCCCCGUACUGACCAGCGGCGGCCUCUGACCCUGUGGCCCCCUGCCCUCCUUCGGACCCCGGCAGGCUCCACGAUGCUGGGAGAAUGCCCGGGGCAGGACCCUGACCUCUCACACCUCAGUCCAGCCCCCUGCCCGGCGGUCAGCUGCCUUUCCUGAUGUCCCCCUCGCUGGCCGGUGGAGCCGGGCUCCCUUCUAACCCAAGGCUUGCCUUCCUACCUCCUGCUGUCAGUCUCCGUCAUUGUGCCUGCCGCCAGCCUGGGGUUGGGCUCCGGAGCUGGACAGUUCCCGACCUCUGGGCCCUCACCUCAGUCCUUCUCCAGCUGGACGAUAGCGGAUGGCUGGUUCCUCGUCCUUAGGAGUCAAGGCCAGGGAGAUGAGCGGCCGGGGAGCCUCGGGGGCGGUGCCCCAGACUGAGACGCCAGGUGACUUUCUGAGGCAGGGGGACCCCCUCAGCGAUGACAUUUCAGGUGUGAUACAAAAACACAAGGCUUAGGGCUGUGUCAUGCAUGGACACUGACUUCCCAGGCGGGCCCCGGGGCUGCCCAAAAAAGCCCAACAGGGGGCUUCUGGAGGAGGUGAGUUUUGUCACUGGGGAGGUCGGGCCGGCCUCUGUGGGGAACACGCUGGAGGUUUCUGGGUCAGGUUCAGAGCCAGUGGCUUGGGUCCCAACCAUUCAGCUCUCACAUGAGUUGGUGAAUCCUAACUAUGGUUCCCCAGGCCACGGAGUUCAGGGGAGGGACGUUUGUUCUGACUGGAUGGUCUGAAAGAGAAGUCUAACCCCCUCCCUUUACAGAAAAGGAGACUGAGGCAGGCAGGGAUGAAAUAACUUUCUCACAGUCACCCAACCAAUAAGUGUUUGAGGUAGGAUUUGAACUCAGGAUUUUCUAAUCCCGAUCUAGACCUCGUGAUACCUUCAUUCAGGAGGUGCUGGGAGGGAUGAGCCCCGGACCGGGGUUUGGGGGCAAGGCCCCAUAAGAGGCUGGAUGCCGUCCCCUCCCCGGGUUUCGUGGUUCUGGCAUUGGCAGGGAAGGUCUCCUGCCGGGACUGCUUCCAUUCCAGCUCGCCUGCGGAGACCUUCAGGGCCUGGCUCUCCACCAUCUCACUGCUGGCCCAGUGGGAAUAUAUGAAGCUUAAAUUUUAAGUUUUUUUAAAACAAUUUAGGGCUUUCCCAGGUACUUUAUGCUUGGUGGGAUUUCUUCCCUCUCUGGUCCAUGUCCAGUAAUUGGCUUUGCAAGGGAAUAUUGGGGCUGGAUCUCCUUAGAGAAAUCCUUCUGGGGGGGCAUUCAUUGGGAAGAAAGGAGUUGCUGAAAGCCCCCCAAAUCCUCUUUUUUCUCUUCUAGAGACCUUGGAACAGUGGGGGGGGGGAGCGUUGAAUUAGGGGUUCCCCUCUCUCCCUCCAGCUGUCUAACCACAGUUUUCAGGCACUUCAGAUAUGGACCCCAUUUUGCAGAUAACUCCCUGAGGCCAGAGAAUAAAAUUGCCAUUCCCUUCUAGGUUUGUAGUCUGUAUGAAUCCCGUUAGCUUGUGGGACCUCAGUUAAAUCCGAGAAUUUUGCUUCCUCAGUUUCCUUAAUUGAAAACUAGGGGGUGGGGAUGGCAUGCUCCUAAAGCCCCAUUGUGCUCCAGACUAGACGUAGGGUUCCAGGGAUGUGUCCUGAGUCCUGGGGUGGGUUAGACAACUCUCUAAAGCUAAGUUGCUCAAGAGGUACUGUCAUGGGGAGAGAAUUUCCACACCUGGGAGUUCCUGUACAGCUCCAGCCCUCAUCCCUAUCCCUAGGCUCGAGGGAAGGCUCAUGGCCGGUCUCCUGGUACAGAAGCACUGUGCUCCCCAGGGGGUGGGAGCUGGGCUGGGGCUCCCGGCUCUGCCCUCCCAGAUACUUCAAUGGGAGCACCAGCCGGGAGGAAGUGCCUUCUGGGGACAGGUUGGGUCUGGAGGGGGAACCUGAGGAGGCUGGGAGUUUCCGGAGAGCUGAAAUAAAAUGACCUGUGUGAAGAAA